AUGCUGGCGGAGCAGGAGAACCAGGAGAACGUGCCCCCGCCGGCGGCCGGCAAAGCCGCGGCGCCGCUGCCCGCCGCCGGCACCCGCGUGGCUCUGGGGCUGCUGCGGGGGGCGCAGCAGCGCGCCGGGAUCCCGCUGCAGGUGAGGGGGAGCGGCGAGCGGGGCGGUGUGGAAGGGGCGGCGGCGGGAGCUGUCAGGGCCCGGCGCUGACGGCCGCUCUCCCCACAGGCGGCGCGGGGCGGCUGCGAGGGCCAUGGAGCGGCGGCGGGGCUGCAGCAGCAUCAACACCAGCCCUUCUCCAUCCAUGUGGACGAGCCCGACGGGGAGCGGGAGCCGCGGCGGCAGCGGGGCGUCCCGGCGAGGCAGAAGGAGGAGGCGGCGCUGGGGCUGCGUGCGGCCGUGUGUGCCCUUGGAGAGCGGCGGCCCCUGGCUCCCCUGGGCAACGCCAUGGAGCUGAGCUUCGAUUCUCCAAGUAUUAUGGAUAUUUCAAUAACCUCAGAAACAGAAGAGAAAGCACCAAACGUUAAUAACGUGCCAGACUAUAUCAGUGAAAUCCAUUCAUACCUGAGGGAAAUGGAGGUGAAGUGCAAGCCCAAAAUAGGCUACAUGAAGAAGCAACCUGAUAUCACAAACAACAUGCGGGCUAUUCUUGUGGACUGGCUGGUGGAAGUUGGAGAAGAAUACAAAUUACAGAACGAAACCCUGCACUUAGCUGUAAAUUACAUUGAUAGGUUUCUUUCAUCCAUGUCUGUUUUGAGAGGAAAACUUCAGCUUGUGGGUACUGCAGCUAUGCUGCUCGCAUCAAAGUUUGAAGAGAUCUACCCUCCUGAAGUAGCUGAGUUUGUCUACAUCACAGAUGACACCUACACCAAGAAGCAGGUCCUAAGGAUGGAGCACUUAAUUCUGAAGGUUUUGUCAUUUGACUUGGCAGCUCCAACAAUCAACCAGUUCCUCACCCAGUACUUUCUACACCAGCAGACAGAUGCUAAAGUGGAGAGCCUGUCAAUGUACCUGGGAGAGCUGAGUCUAAUUGAUGCUGAUCCUUACCUGAAAUACUUGCCAUCAGUUAUUGCUGCUGCAGCAUUUCAUCUGGCAGAUUACACACUCACUGGACAAAGCUGGCCUGAAUCCCUGUGCAAAGUAACGGGCUACACCCUUGAAGACAUCAAGCCUUGCCUCAUAGACCUACACAACACCUACCUCAAAGCAGCCCAGCACACACAACAGUCCAUAAGGGAAAAGUACAAGAGUAGCAAGUACCAUGGAGUAUCUCUCAUUGACCCACCAGACACACUAAACUUAUUGUAGUAAUCAAGAGACUGAUCUUUUUAAGAGAUGUAUAUUACCAGAAAAUGAUGUACAGUUUUAAACAUGGUUCAGGAUUCUAGAUAUGAUCAAUCAGAAUAUGAAUACAGGCCUUGAUGACUUCAAUUAUGAAGUUUAGUUUCAUAUGGUUUUAAUGUAAAUCUUUUGUACAUGCAAUCUUGUUAAGAGUUUUAGCUGUGUUUUUAUCAAAAUGUUCUCUUCAGGCACAGAAUUAACCAUGCAGGCCACGUGAAGUCUGAGACUGCUUAUCUAAUUAUAGACUAAAUGUUAAUACUAGCAGUGCAUUAUUAUAGUAGGGCUUUUUCUCCUUCUGAGUAAGAAAGAUUUGGUUUCCACAGAGUAUCAGUAGCAUUUUUAUUCUGUCUAGUUUAAACUGAGACUUAGCAUAGAUCCAAAACAUUGCCUUAAUGGCUACAAAACUGGAAGAAACUCUCUGGCCACGAGGAGAGCUCCUUGCUGGAACCGACUCAUGAAGCUCUUUAGGACCUGCCCCAGUUGCUGUAUAAUGUAGUGCCAGAUUUCAUCCGGGGAAAGGCUGAGUGCUCUGCUGCAGGGACUGCACAGUUAAAACCCCUGCACCAGUUCAUACCUUGUGCUUCCACUACACAGAAAAUGGCCUUGCUGUCAAUAUCUUCUGGUCCAAGUGUAAAACUGAUACUAAUGCAAAGCCAUGGAGUUCCCACUGAUGUGUUGGCUGUCCCAAAAGUCCAUUGAUGCCUACUGAGAACAUUAGUCCUCAGUCUGCUUGUCUUGUACCUCUUAAGGGGUGGUGGAGGGGUUAAACUGCAGUGGGUGAGCUGCUGCUCUGUGGCCUCAAGAGCAGGGAAUAUCUUCUGACAUGGAUGGGCUGCGUGCAGAGCAAAGCAGCAGGAAUUCCAUACGCCCCUCAUGCUUGGGAGUAGCUCCUCUCUGGCACGCAGCAAAAAUGUGCCAUGUUUUUCCUUAGUUCUGCAACUGUUACAUAAGCAAACUGGCAUUCAAUCAGCAUUAGAUCAAGUGGAUGUUUACCUUCAGCCUGUGUAAAUGGAGUGAUGCUGCCCUGUACUGCUGCUGUUGGCAUGUAAAGCAGCAAGUGCAUGGAAGUGGGCUGAAUUGAGCCAUUUCCGGGUUGGCUAAUAAACAGUUUUUGUAUCUGAUGUUAGUGGUCUUGCCAAUAGCUUAAAAUCACUGAGGGGUAGUGCUGUCAUCUUAGACUGGCAUUCAUUCCUAAAGCCUUUUGACAAGGGCUGCCCUGUGAAACCUGUGCCUCUUCAGCUUGGAGUCGGUGCUGUCUCUGGUUAUCUGGGCACCCAGCAGUAUAAACUCCUCCCCACAGAUGUCCAACAGCUGUUUGGGUGUGGGCUAUUGGAAAUAUUUUUUUUCAAAUCGUCAUCUCUGUCAGGCUGAGCAGCAGCGGUUCAUGAGAAAGAACUCCUUGUGUCACCUCAGCAGCUACAAAGUUACUAUUCUGCCCCCACCCUUGUGCUCCUGCCUGAGCCUUCCCUGAACCACCUCAACUACAAAAGCAAUGGUGAUCAAAAUUCUGGUCGAAAUAAGCAGCAGGAGUGGCCUUUUUGACCAAUCUGUUCUUCUUAGGAUGCACUUGGACUUCUAUGCAUGUUCUAAUGGUUAAUGAAAAACCAUAUUUCAUUGGCCAGCAGCCUUUAUUUAGAUGAAUUUCAGUGGGCUGCUACUGAAAUGCUAAAAUUAAUUUGGGACAGCCUGUGCGGUAUAUCAUGUCUGGUGCUUGGGGUUGGAAACACUUUAACCUUGCAGGAGAGGGAGUUUGCAUAGGGAGGAAUGUGUUUUUCCCUGUUUGUGACCUUGGAAAGACAACUGGCAACGCUGAGUGGUAGCAAUUACUUGAAGGUUCCAGGCCACAAUGCUCUUCUGGGGAAACUGGGUUCUGCCUUCCCCUUCCUUUCUGUGGUGUAUUCCAGGACCACUGAGAAAUAGCAACAUUGGAGGGGUAAUUUAAAGGAAGCUUAUGAAAUAUUUUCUCCAGAAAAGGAGCAAGUAGCAGUACUUUAGGUGAAAAGACUUCAGUGGGUUUUAGUAUUAAUUUAGUGCUUAAUCAAAGAGCUGUGCUCAAGUUUCGAUGGAAUUUGUCCCCAUAGCAUGGAGAAAAAUUCUUCCAUGCUCCCUGAGUUUUAUUUUCACCAUUAUCAACCCGACCUCCUCUGCAGCCUAACAAAAAAUCCCCAGUCAGGGGCUGGCAUCACUGCCCAGCAUGACCAUGGUCCUCCUUCCUCAGGGCAGCUCUUGCUUCUGCUGUUAAGUGCUAUCUUUUUCCACCUUCUCAUUUUCCAAAGUUAAUAUGGGACAAUUCCAGCUUUUGCUUCUAAGCCUUGAACAAAAUAUCCCAGGUUGUACUGUACUACUGUUAAGCCUAUCCAGGUUAACUUCUAAUCCUUUCCAACUCAAGGCUCAAAGGAAUAUAGGGAUGUUACAUGUGAAGAAGGGAGAAACAGCAGUGCAAAAGGUACUGUUCUUUUUUCUGAAGAAGUUUACAGUCUUGUGGUACUACAGAACUAAGAAGGAACUGCAUCUUCACCCAUUUUUGUACUCAGGACAGUGACUUUGGGUUGGAAGAACUGACACUAAGAAAAUGCACUGGUUUAGCUCCUGGAGAUAAGAGGGUUUGUGUGUUGGUCCCUUCUCCUGAAAGAGCACAACUUGAUUCAAAAUUUGCCUGGCUGGGAGCAAUGUUAUAUACAUAUGGUUUUGGGUUUUUUUUUACAUUAAGUUCUUAACCUGAUUUGGGGAAUGUAAAAUCUGCAGCAGUAACUCCUCUCCAGUUCACAGCUCAUGUAACACUGAGGUCACCUGUAAAAUAGCCCUGCUUCACUCUGUAAAUAUGUGUGUGUUUCUAGGGUCACUUGUUUGCAAACAAAGUGCCCAGAUCAGGUAUUUUGCAAUUCUCCCUGUCUCUUUGUUUUGCCUGAUCCUAAAUUGAGAGCAUAACUCUUUGCCUAUAGUUCAAGAAGCAUUCCUGUCUGUUGCAUGUAAUAUUUAAUUAAACUUUUAAAGAAACUCCA